GUGUUUCGUUCCGCCGGACAACGCGGCAGCCGCUCUUCAAAGCGAAGCCGGGAGUUUUUGUUGCGGUUGUCGCCACCAUGAGUCGCAGUUAUAACGAUGAGCUGCAGUUCUUGGAAAAGAUCAAUAAAAACUGCUGGAGAAUCAAGAAGGGCUUCGUGCCCAACAUGCAGGUUGAAGGAGUUUUCUAUGUGAAUGAUGCUCUGGAAAAAUUAAUGUUUGAGGAACUAAGGAAUGCCUGCCGAGGUGGUGGCGUUGGUGGCUUCCUGCCAGCCAUGAAACAAAUUGGCAAUGUGGCAGCCCUGCCUGGGAUCGUUCAUCGUUCCAUCGGGCUUCCUGAUGUCCAUUCUGGUUACGGGUUUGCUAUUGGUAAUAUGGCAGCCUUUGAUAUGAAUGACCCCGAAGCAGUGGUGUCCCCAGGUGGCGUCGGAUUUGACAUCAACUGUGGUGUUCGCUUGUUGAGAACCAAUUUAGACGAAAGUGAUGUCCAGCCUGUGAAGGAGCAGCUUGCCCAGGCUAUGUUUGACCACAUUCCUGUUGGGGUGGGGUCCAAAGGUGUCAUCCCAAUGAAUGCCAAAGACUUGGAGGAGGCCUUGGAGAUGGGUGUGGACUGGUCCCUAAGAGAAGGCUACGCCUGGGCCGAAGACAAGGAGCACUGUGAGGAGUAUGGAAGGAUGCUGCAAGCUGACCCCAAUAAGGUCUCUGCCAGGGCCAAAAAGAGAGGCCUUCCCCAGCUGGGGACUCUGGGAGCCGGCAACCACUAUGCAGAAAUCCAAGUUGUGGAUGAGAUUUUCAAUGAGUAUGCUGCUAAGAAAAUGGGCAUCGACCAUAAGGGACAGGUGUGUGUGAUGAUCCACAGUGGAAGCAGAGGCUUGGGCCACCAAGUAGCCACAGAUGCCCUGGUAGCUAUGGAAAAAGCCAUGAAGAGAGACAAGAUUAUAGUCAAUGACCGUCAGUUGGCUUGUGCUCGAAUCGCUUCCCCUGAGGGGCAGGACUACCUGAAGGGAAUGGCAGCGGCUGGGAACUAUGCCUGGGUCAACCGCUCUUCCAUGACCUUCUUAACCCGUCAGGCAUUUGCCAAGGUCUUCAACACAACCCCUGAUGACUUGGACCUACACGUGAUCUAUGAUGUCUCUCACAAUAUUGCCAAAGUCGAACAGCAUGUGGUGGACGGAAAGGAGCGGACUCUGCUAGUACACAGGAAGGGCUCCACCCGGGCUUUCCCUCCUCACCAUCCCCUCAUUGCCGUUGAUUACCAACUCACUGGACAACCAGUGCUCAUUGGUGGCACCAUGGGAACCUGUAGCUAUGUUCUCACUGGCACUGAGCAGGGCAUGACUGAGACCUUCGGAACAACCUGCCAUGGUGCGGGUCGUGCACUGUCCCGAGCAAAGUCAAGACGUAAUUUGGAUUUCCAGGACGUCCUAGACAAAUUGGCAGAUAUGGGAAUUGCAAUCCGUGUUGCCUCACCCAAGCUGGUUAUGGAAGAGGCACCUGAGUCCUAUAAGAACGUGACCGAUGUGGUAAACACCUGCCAUGAUGCCGGAAUCAGCAAGAAGGCCAUUAAACUGAGACCGAUUGCUGUUAUCAAAGGAUAGAGCCCUGACCUCGGCACCAGACACCGCUGCCCCUCGCUGAAGCGGAAGUGGACUGAAACUCUCUUCAGACAUCAGACUGGAGACCUGCCAGGUUCCAGGGUAUGCGGCUGUAGCCGCCUGUUCUAA